ACAGAAUUUUCCACUUCUCUGACAACGGUGUGAACUUUGUUUUAUCACUAAUAAUACGACGCUAUGUUCACGUAAUAAUAUUAGAAAAUGACACGAAAGAAAGCAACUCUUGGAGUCAUUAGAUUGUGAAUUUUGAAUGCAGGAAUUAUUUGACCGAAUUGUAUCAGUCUUCUCUCUCUCUCUCUCUCUCUCUCUUUGACCCACUUUUAAUCUUUUUAAAGCAAAUACGUACAUACAACAGAAAUUAAAAGAUGCCAAGGAAAAACAAGAUAAACCCUAUCUUUCCGAGUCAUGAUAACAGAGACGAAGAUCUCGAAUCUAUUGUAUUUCAUGUCCCAGCAAUAUAUGGCGAUAAAGUCAAGAUCCACGACUGGCAGAUGAAAACUUUGGCGGAGCCCAGAGACAACAAGGACAUAUUUCCACCGAAAGGAAACCUUCACGAAUCGUCAUAUCGAAGAAUAGGAGCCGACGACGAAGGCACUGGAGUCUCGGAGACACAAACCAUGUUAUCGCAGAUCGAAAUGCGAGACGAAUACAAACCAAUUAUUUAUCCACGACGCAGCCUGCUCACGAUGCAAUCGCUCGCUUCGGCCCAGAAAGAUUACGAGGAGAAAGAGUUACAACUGGAGGACCUACUCGUAGAUACCAUGGCAAUUCGUUAUAUGGACUAUCGCACCACCAUGGAUAGCGACUAUCGGUCGCCUUAUCCUCCGAGACCGAUAUCGCCGCCGCCGCCAUCACCGCCUCCGGAACCAUGGUUGUUAAACCGACGCACCGUCGGUUACAGUCUUCAUGCUUUGGAGAAUCGUCGCGGCUACCACACGUUCUUGGACGACGACAUGGAUCUCCAUCGAAGAAUAGCAGAGUUGAAAAUGAAAAGGGGCAAACUAUAUGAGGUAAUCAUAAAGGAUAAAGAGCAACAAAGCUCCGUUUAGCAGUUGAUAAAUGUUUGUUAAAACAUCCUGGAGAAAUUGGAGUCAAUAAGAAAGCAUAUGUGAACAUGACAUAUAAUUUUUUUCUCUCUUUAUUCGUG